GAUAUUGUGAGGAUAAAGUGCAGGUUUUUGGUUUUGUUAUGACUGUAGGGUGGUAAUAUCAUCAUUACUUAAAUUGUUAUCUGGGGGUAAUCACUUGACCCAAUAUCCUUUACGUACAUUAUCUGAUUUAUCUAAAGGUGGUAACAAGCCAUAAUGGAGCCCCGAUUUGAUUUUAAAUAUCGACCAAAAGAUUCUGUUGUUUUAAACCAACGUAAUGAAGACAAGAAAAGAAAAUUCAGAAAUUCCCAAAAUGUAACAGAAGGUUCCUACGGAGUAAGCAUCAGAGUCCAAGGAAUUGAUGGCCAUCCAUUUAUUGUUCUAAAUAAUAAAGAAGGGAAUGUUUCACGAAAUGUUUCUAUGCCUGAAACAGAUCGAUUUUCUCAAAGCAUAAGCUCUAAGGACAGUCAAAAUAGCCUAAAGGACAUUAUUGAGGAUUUCCCUGAAAACCCAUACAAACCAGGCAUUAGUACAUCAAAUAAAGUGAAUUUUGUACAUUCUGGAAAUGGCUCUUUGGAAUUUAAGGAGGGAUCCCUAAAAACAAGCCUGUUAAAUUUUCAAAAACAUCCUGAGAUUUUGAAACCAUAUGAUCCAAAUGAACAUUUAUUAAACAUAGACAGCUAUAAUAAGGCUCCAAGUAUGAUACUAUCUCCUACAGAAAAAGAAAACAAAAAAGACUAUUUGUCUUUCAUGUCUAUGCAUAAAGAUUCAUCCAUAAAAAAUGUAUCCACAAACUUGGUAGAUGGCAAGGACAUGUCUGCCAAGCAAGAAAACCAAGAGAAGUCUCCAACAGAUAAUGCUAGUAUUUUAAGCAGUACUAGUGAUACUUGUACCUCAGAGUAUUUUACUUCUAGUAAUGGAUCACCAUAUAGUACAAAUUCUACAGCAACUACUGAAUCUAAGAAGACCAGACCUGAUGUUCUUCAAUUCAGAAGACAAGAUUCAAGUGGGCCAGUUCUUGAGGGAUCUCGAUCACGUAGGUCUUCUUGUUCAUCAACAACUGCAACCUCAUCUCAUUCUUUGCAAAAAUUUUGGCUAGAAGAACAAGAAGAUGCUAUCUAUGCUGAUAAUGUAAACCGACAUGAAAACAGGAGAUAUAUACCUUUUAUACCAGGGACAGGCCGUGACAUUGACACUGGGUGUAUUCCAGGAGUUGAUGAGUUGAUUGAGAAGUUUGAUUCAAAUACUUCUACACAAAGACGUGGCAGAUCAGCCAAACGGAAUAGGAUUAAUCCAGAAGACAGAAAAAGGGCAAGAAGUGUUGAUAGUGCAUUACCUUUUGGUCUUCAAGGCAAUGCAGAUUAUUUGAAUGAGUUCAGUAAGAAUUUGGGGAAAUCUAAUGAACAUUUGUUGAGGCCAUCACAGAUCUGUCAACAAAAAUCACACACACAAAAUUAUAAGCUACCCUUCAGGAAACAGAACACUGUGGGAAGCCUUGCCAGUCCAUCUGCACCAUAUGAAAGUGUUCAUAGGCAAAAUUACAGUUCCCUACAAUAUCGCAAAGACAUACAGAAUAACAAAGUUACUACUUUGGAUCAAAUCGAUUCAGCCACACUGCCAAGAGCAAGCAAAAGUAAUGGAGAUCUUACAAGUAUGACCUCUACACUAAAAAUACAGAACAGAAUUGGUGUCCCAUCGGAUGAGGGAAAUAGGAAGGUGAAUGCACACAGUUCAGGUCAACGUGCACAGGCGACUCCAGAUCUUCUAAAGGGGCAGCAGCAACUUGCACAUCAGACCAACGAGGAAACGGCAAAACAAAUACUAUUCAACUACUUAAAAGAAGGGAGCCACGAUAAUGACGAUGCAACAAAGAGAAAAGUCAAUUUGGUUUUUGAAAAAAUCCAGACCCUAAAAUCUCGGGCAUCCAGCACAGUGCAGACUCCAGAUCCAGCUGCAGAAAUAAAGGUUUUGUCUGAUCAGAAAAAUGAACUUGAAAAUAAGGUUGCCACCCUCCAGAGACAACUCGAUGAACAGAUUAAGAACCAGGAAAGCAACAGGGAAGAGAAGACUAAAACAAAGGCAAAUCUUAAAGACUUUCAAGAGCAACUUGAACGCAGCAUGGAGGAAAAUUUAGUUCUUCGUGGGAAACUAGGGGAAAGUGAGAGAGAAUUAAGAAAACAUCUAGAAGAAUUGUUUGAACUAAAGAUGGAGCAAGAGCAGUAUCAGACGGAGAUCAGAGACUUGCAGGAGCAGCUGUCAGAAAUGCAUGAUGAAUUGGAUGAUGCAAAGCGAUCUGUUGUUGAUGAUGGGGAGAGAGAAGCUUUGAUACAGGAACUUAUGCUUAUGAAACAGGGAGUUGAAGAACUGUUGUUGGCCAGGGAAGAUCAAGAAGACCUGAUAAAGAAGCGAGAACGUGAACUUACAGCAUUAAAGGGAGCCCUGAAAGAAGAAGUAUCUAGCCAUGAUCAAGAGAUUGAUAAGCUGAAAGAACAAUAUGAGAAAGAGCUAAAGAAGAUGCGGGAGAGUCUGGAAGUGGCAGUCAAGAAUACACAUGAUAUUUUCAACCAAAAGAACGAAGCAGAUGACUUGAAAAUGGCAUUAGAAAGCAGAGCAAAAAGUUUAUCUCAAGAAAAUGAAGAAUUAAAACAGAAGAUACAACAACAAGAAUUCAAAAUAACCGACCUUCACCAGAACAUCAAUGAACUGAAUGAAGACAAUGACAGAAUUAAAGAGAGGCUCAGGAAAACAGAAAAAGAAAAGCAACAACUAUCGGAGGCUUUGGAUGAAGCUAAAGAACAAGAGAGGGAAGCUCUAGAGUUUUCUAGAGGGCUGGAAAAUCAACUUGAGGACACAAAGAGAAGCCUUUCUAGGAUCAGCCACGAACACCAGCAGCUAUCUGAAAGGCUUAAGGAUGAAUCAAAUCAGAAAGAACAACUGAGAAACCUGAAAAAUGAAAUGGAGAAUGAGCGCUGGCACCUGGACAAGACCAUUGAGAAAUUACAGAAGGAGGUGUCAGAACAUGUCGAGUUUUCACGGGUAUCCACAGUGGAGCUUCAAAAGCAGUUUGAUGAAUAUAAAGAGAAAAAUCGUAAGGAGAAUGGAGAAAUGCAACGACAGAUAAAAGAUAAAAUCCUGGAGGUGGAAAGGUGCAACCAGACUAUUAGAAAACAACAAGAAGAGAUCAGACUUUUGGAAGAAAAUUUACAAGACCAUCAGAGAGCUCACGAUGAGUCUUUAACCAAGAACCAUCUUCUACAACAGACUAUUAAAGAUCUUCAGUAUGAAUUAGAUGCUAAAAACCAUAUGAAGGAUGACCGGUCAAGACAAGUUAAGUCAAUGGAGGACAAGUUAUCCCAGUUAGAGUUGGAACUUGAUGAAGAGAAGAAUAAUUCAGAUUUGUUGUUGGAAAGGAUAACUCGCUGCAGAGAACAGAUCGAACAAAUGAGGGGAGAACUGCUUCAAGAACGUGCUUUAAGGCAAGAUCUGGAGUGUGAUAAAAUGUCUUUGGAGAGACAGAACAAAGAUCUGAAGAGCAGAAUAGCUCAUCUUGAAACUUCACAUCGAUCCAAUAAAGAAGGGCUUGUUGCACAGAUGGAAGGAAGAAUAGCAGAGCUGGAAGAACGCCUGGAAAAUGAAGAAAGGGACCGGGCAAAUCUCCAACUGAACAACCGCAGACUGGAGAGGAAGGUGAAAGAGUUAAUGAUGCAGGUCGACGAUGAACAUCUCACUUUAACAGAUCAGAAAGAUCAGCUAAGUUUACGAUUGAAAUCAAUGAAGCGACAAGUUGAAGAAGCAGAAGAGGAAAUAGACAGAUUAGAAAGUGGCAAAAAGAAGCUGCAAAGAGACCUGGAGGAACAAGUUGACAUGAAUGAGCAGCUACAAGCACAGCUAAGCGCAGCAAAGAAAGAGCUGUGCAGGCGCAGAUGUUCACCAAGCAAGAUGUUGAAUGACUUGGAUGAUGAUGAUGACCUGAGCACUGACGGAGAGAGUCUUUAUGAAUCUCCAUCUGGAUAUAAAUUUUCUCGAGAUGAUGGCAUUACCACCUGAUUUUGAAUGUUAUUUGGACUGUAAAAAAAUUCUAUUGUUUUGCAUAUUUUAGUACUACAUAACAAAAGCUAUAGCCAUAAGUUUCAAGUCUGCCGUUAUAGAUGUCGUCCUGUAUAAGGUUGAACGUAAUUGAUUUGUACAGGUUAAUGUCUUAAGACUUUUGUUCUUUGUAAAUAUUCUAAUUGAAAUAUGAUUUUUAGCAUUUGAUAAAAAAGCAUUCAACAAAACUGUUACAGGAAUCAAUAUGUGAAAGUAAUUUGGCGCCCACUGCUGUGUAAUGAAUAUAAAUCAAUAGACAGCGACCAUCUGCACAUCUGCUGUUGUGCAGGCAGCUCCCAGCACUCACGGAAAUAGCUGAGGUGUUGAAGGUUGUGCUUCUUGGUGUAGACACUACUGUGCUGUAAAUAAUUCUUCAUCUAUGUUGAUUUUUAGAUUACCCCCUUGUAAAAUCUAUUAAUCCUCGUGUCACUUUCCUGUUGUGCUUUCUUGCCAUGUUAAAAUGAAAUGAUAUUUUUUUAAUAAUAUUAUACCUAUUAAAGGAAUUUUAACAGA